AAUAUUCGAAUACUUUUUUGUCUAGACUUGGAUUAUAAUAUAUGUUUUUGGAUAAACAAUAUCAGUCUUUGGUUCCUAAAAUAAAAUCUACUACGUUAUUGCCUUAUAAACCAUGUGGGAAAGGAAAAACCAAAAUAGCAAUGAAAUACAGGGAAGACAAAAGACAGAGACAAAUCACUGCAUCUAAACGAUUACCUGGACUAAUGAAAAAAGCUGCACAAUAUAGUGAAUUAACUGGUGCAAAAGUAGUUGUUCUAGUACGAGAUGAACAGCGUAGGGUUUAUAGAUAUUGCUCAGAAGGAGAAAGUAAUAUUGAGAAAUCUGCAAAUAGAAUGUUGACUGAUCCUGCUGAAAAGAUUUUUACAACUGAACAGUUUAGUGAGUAUUCUGAAGUCCAAAAUGAGAAUUUGGAAAAAGAUGAAACUUCGAAAUUUUUGACAAAUAAUGAUUCAAAUUUACAGAAAUACGAAAAAAAAGAUAUUGAAAUUAAAACAAAUAAAAAAGAGCCUGAAGAAUUCCAAAAUAAUAUUAAUGAAAUAUUAAGAUUAGAGGAAAAUAGUAUAAAUGCAGCUGAACCUUUUUUAAAUUCUAUCAAUGAAAAUUUCCUACAAUGGCCGAUUACAUCUGUAAAAUUGUCAACUUAUUCUGAUCUAUCACCACAGAUAUAUGAAAUGAAAUUGCCUGGAUCUGCUUCAUCUUUUCCCUAUAAUAUGUUGAACACUAUAAAUUAUAAUAGAAAUACAUCUGAUGCUUCAGAAAAGCUUUUUGAUUAUUAUUCGAAUGGAACUGGAAUAAAUCCAGGUUAUGAGAAUCAAGAAAAUAAUUAUAUGAAUUCGGAUGUUUUAUGGUAUUCUAAAAAAUUAAAGAUGUUUGAUUAAAAUCAAUUUUUUUCAUAUUUUCACUUUUCUGCUGGUAAUAAAGUAU